AUGGACGCCUUUUGGAGCCCCACCGCCUCGUCCCACGCCUUGCAGAACGACUCGAUGCCCAACUGUCUGGCGGGCGUCUCGCCUCGGGAGCGGCUCGCGUAUUGUGGGCGGACGAUGUGGGCGUUGCUCGGCAUGAAGGAGGCGUUGGCGAUGCGAACGCGUUGGGCGGCCGCGGGGCGUGGACAGUCGCAAGGCCCGGUCAUCGUGAUGCGGCACGACGUUCAACCCACUGCCGGUCGUGCGUGUCGACGACGGGGCGCGCCUCCUCAAUACUCGACGCAGCCGACCAUCGGCCUGAGAUCGGUCGAGGUAUAUCUCCAACGGAAGCGGUCGGUCCUCGGUACGGAUUGCGACCAGUACUCCGCUCGUGGCGAGGGCGGCUCCGCCGCUGCAAGUGCCGGCCCGGCGCUGCGCCAGAUGAGCUUCUGCGCAAACUCGGUCAACGUCGACUGGUGGCAGCGCUGCCAGCUCGGCUUUGCAGCGCACACCUUCCGCGACUUCAACCUCGGCCGGUUUGUGAAGCCGGGCCGGGGCCAGUGCGCGCUGCCAGCACGCCUCGCCAUCUGGCGGCCUCCGACGGGUUGCAACGCCUCGGCCGUGAGCGGCUACGACGUCAUGUGCCCGAUCGCAACGACGCACCCCGGCUGCCACAACCGCAACCCUCUCGCCUCACAGCCGAGUGGCGCGUGUGGGACAGCGCUUCCGCUCGUCGACGGCGUCUCGGCUCAUCGUCGGCCAGAGCUCGUCGCUGUAGGCGUAUGCGGCGAGCCGGUGGAGGUGCAAUGCGGCGAGCAGCAGCCCGCUGCGAUGUCCGCCGCGGCUCGUGCGGCCCACGCGCAGACGCCCCGCCCCGAGUGCUUGUCAGCACUCGGCGCAAGAGCGAGCCGGCUCUACUCGCGAUCCUCAAACGAGACGGUGCGCCACGUGGCGGCUGCUUGGCUGACACGAUACCGCUGCAACGAGAACAACAGCCAGACGCGCACGCCGGAGGCCGCGCCCUUUGCGCAACUGAUGGGCCGCACCAGCGUCAGCAAGGGCGGGCCAGUAGCAGCACACACGCAGAAGCGCACGAUCUUAAAGGCGCUACACCGCCGGCGAGGCUCUACGCCCCGCAACAUUAGUUGGACGGCCGAGUUGCGAGCCGCGUGGACGGGGGUGGGCUGA